AUGGGCGACCACUACCAGACGCUGGGAAUCCGCCGAGACGCCACCAAGGCUGAGGUCAAGGCUGCCUUCCGCCGCAGCGCGCUCCGCGACCACCCUGACCGCCACGCCGGCUCCACCGACGCGGCCGCCCGUGCUGACGCCGCGCGCCGGUUUCGCCAGGCGUCUGACGCGUACCACGUCCUCUCCGACGACAGACGCCGCGCCGAGUACGGCCUCCGCCUUCGCGGUUCCACGUCUUCCUACGCGCGUACCUCCUCCUCUGGUUGGGCCUCCUCGUCGGCUUCCUACGGGUACGGGUAUGGGUACGGCCAUGGCGGCGGUUCGUGGCGACGGACGCCUCCGGGGACAGCGGGUGCUGGCGCCUCGGUGGGGUCAAUUGAUUGGGAAUUCUUGCUGAAGGCAGUCACUCGGCGAGGCUUCCUUAUCAAUCUGGGAUUCGCCAGUGUACUGCUAUCUGGGGCAGCUUUUCUUGAUGGGAGUAUUUUAGAAAAUUGGAAGAUGAAUAACUCCGGGGUUGGUUAG